UGAUUUCAAGAUGGCGGAAGAGUUUAUCGUCCAAUACAGCGUGCAAAGUAACCCGAGUUAUACUACGAAUAUGGCUCUAUUUACGGAUGUGACAAACAGUAGCGAGCUUAGGCAACUGAUCAUCCAAGGAAAAAUAGAAGCUGCCCUUUUAAAUGCAUCUAUGAUCAUAGACCCAUUUCAUGUGGCAAUAGCAGGACACAAAGCUCUGCAACUGUUUCAACAAGGAAAGAUGAAGACCAAGACACUUCACUCAGAGAUUGUUUUUAAUUUGUCCCCCUCCACAAAUAUAAAUGAAUCUUUCAAGAAAUUUGGAAUACUGGACAGUACAACAAGUGUGUUAGUUGUCAUUGUGACUCAAGAAAAUGCCAACAAAAAGAUUUCAGAAAUCAGUAAAUUUAUAAAUGGAGAACAAGUUUCUAUAACUGCAUUGAGCACAAUUUCUGACCAAGAAAAAAUAAAGAAGAUUUACGGUAUUUCAGACGAGGAACUUCAAUGCAGUUCGCUGCAAGACGGCGUAAUCACACGAGUAGCAACCAAAGAUGCUGCGUAAUAUUAAUGAACUAUUAUUAGAAGGACUAAAUAGAAAGAAAUCAAUCUUUUACCCAAUAACAUUUAUUUAACAAAUAGCAAAGCCUCGGCUGUGCUCUGUUCUGUCGAUUUAGGCCGUUGCACGACACUCGAUAAAGCAAUCGCAACGACCAAUCACCGUGAAGAAAAAUACCACAAGAAGCCAAUGAGAAUUCAAAGUAAAAACACGCAAAAGUGCGGGAAAACGGGAGUGCCGAGUCGCGUUUGGGUGUAAGUUCUGCAUCUAAUUGGUGGAGAGGUUGGCGCGAGUUUCAUUGGACCAAUCACAGGGCGUGGUACAGCAAAACCAAUAAAGUCCUGGCUACUUUCGA